GAAGCAGAGGGGAGGAGGAAAGAAGAAGAAAAAAAGAGAAGGACUGAGAGAGGGAGGAGAAAGAUAUCCAGAGAAAAAGUUUGAAAGGAAAAGAGAGACGUUCCAGUGGCCGGCUCCCGGUUGUUGGAAAGGAGCGAGAGCAGAGGCAAAAGAGAGAGGAGGCAGGAGACGACUUCUGAAAGCCUGUGAUUGUGGAUUUCUUCUUUUUUUGUGUGUGUGGGCACGCUCCUGCUCCCUGUGUGCGUCGUAGGGCGGAUUAGAUGAGUUUGACUUCACGAUGAGGAGCGACCCCGUACUGUUCACUUCCAGCAGGGCGAUGGAGGAGCUGGUGUGUGAGCUUCGUCUGUUCCUGGACCUGCUGGACAGGGAGUACCUGAGCGCUGGGGUCCGAGAGAAGAAGACGCACCUCUCCAACAUCCUGCACAGGGUCCUCUCAGACAAAGAGCCGUCAUUCAAGUCAGAGAUCCACAGUGGUCUGCCCGCCCCGCCUCAGAUGCCCCUCCCAGAGAUCCCUCACCCGUGGCUGCCUCCAAACAGCGGCCCUCCUCCGUUGCCCAGCUCCUCUCUUCCGGAAGGUUACUACGAAGAAGCGGUUCCUUUAAGUCCUGGGAAAGCUCCUGAAUACAUAACUUCCAACUAUGACUCGGACGCCAUGAGCAGCUCCUACGAGUCGUACGAUGAGGAAGAGGAGGACGGGAAGGGCCAGAAGAUGCGUCAUCAGUGGCCGUCUGAAGAGGCGUCCAUGGAUCUGGUGAAGGACGCCCGCAUUUGCGCUUUCCUGCUGCGCAAGAAACGCUUCGGCCAGUGGACCAAACUCCUCUGCGUCAUCAAAGACAACAAACUGCUGUGCUACAAAUCCUCCAAAGACCACACCCCUCAGAUGGAGCUGACCCUGACGGGGUGCAGCAUCACUCACGUUCCCAAAGAUGGCAAGAAGAAGAAGCACGAACUGAGGAUCGUCCACCAGGGGGCAGACGCCCUGGUGCUGGCAGUGCAGAGCAAAGAGCAGGCCGAGGAGUGGCUGAAGGUCAUGAGAGAAGUGUGCGCUAACGGGAGUUUAGACUCAGACGGAGCUCGGUCUGGAUCGCCAGUGCACAAACCUGAACUGGAAAAGAAGGCGUCGUGCGAUCGGCCCAGCUCAGACGGCGAGGCGACUCAUGAGAACGGACACAGCGACUGCAAGGACCAAGGUGGGAGUCAUAGCAACGGAAAAGGAAAGAAAAACUCAAAGUCGGAGCAGAAGACCGGCACCGUGGGGAAGGGAGCGGGCAAGAAGAUCACGAAGAUCAUAGGGCUGGGGAAGAAGAAGCCGUCCACGGACGAACAGACCUCGUCGGCGGAAGAAGACGUACCCACAUGUGGCUACCUGAACGUGCUCUCCAACAACCGCUGGCGGGAGCGCUGGUGCCGCCUCAAGGACAACCAGCUGCUCCUGCACAAGGACCGCGACGACCUGAAGAGCCACAUCGCCUCGCUGCCCCUCCGAGGCUGCGACGUCAACCCCGGCCUCGACCACAAGCACCCCUUCGCCUUCCGACUGCUUCGCAACGGUCAAGAAGUGGCUGUGCUGGAGGCUUCCUCCUCUGAGGAGAUGGGUCGCUGGCUGGGGGUUUUACUGGCCGAGACUGGGUCCACCACAGACCCGGCCACCCUGCACUACGACUACAUCGACGUCGAGACCACCGCCAACGUCAUCCAGCUGGCCAAGCAAUCUUUCUGUUUCACCAGUAAGCGUGCCGUCUCUCCCAACCCGUACCUGGACAACCCAGUCAACGGCUACGCCUGCCCCACCGGCAUGGCCCUGCACUACGACGAUGUGCCCAUAAAUGGAAUGGACCCAGAGGUGGCGUACUCCAGUCCCCGCACAAGGGGGCGCCAGCUGAAAGGGGAGGUGCAAUAUGAGAACGCAGACCUCUAUGAGAACAUGCCCUCGCCCAAGCUGGCCACCCGCUACCCUCCUCCCAAGCCUACCUCUUCCACUUCUGCUGCUUCCUCUUCCUCUGCUGGCCACUACAAAACCCCUGCUUCUAAAAUCUCUUCCAAGUUCCUCACAGCUGAUUCUAAAACUAAAGCCGCUGCUCAGUUUAAGGGAAAGAAGGGAGCGACAACCAAUGGGGUGGCGUCGAAGCAGAAGGCAGAACCAAAGAAUCAGUCCAAGAAGAUGGGAGUCAAUGGGACAAACGGGACACUGAAACGCAACAACUCCAAUGCGGAGCAGUGUAAGUAUGGGAAGAAUCGUGUGGAGGCCGACGCCAAGCGACUCCAGACCAAGGAGGACGAGUUAAUGAAGAAGAAGCAGGACAUCAGAAACCAUUUGACCCAGCUGAAGAAGGAGAGGACAGACCUGCGCACUGCGGUGGAGGCUGCUGCUGGCAAACGUUCACAAGCCUCUCUGUCGGAGCGGCUGAAGAAGGUGGAAGACGAGUGUAGGAAGAAGGAGGAGGAGCGUGUGAACCUGGAGCUGGAGCUGACGGAGGUGAAGGAGAGCCUGAAGAAAGCCUUGAGCGGAGGAGUCACUCUGGGCCUCACCAUCGAACCAAAAGCCGGCUCCUCCGGCCCCCAGUCACCAGCCAUGCUGAGACGGACGCAGGAGUCUUCUCCCUUCUCCAGCUGUGACACCAGCGACACGGAGUCCUGCUCCCUGCCCGUUAACAGCGCCUCACUGCUUCGUCGGCAGCAGGGCGGACAGAAGCCCUCGACGGUCCGUGGACACGUCCUCAGGAAGGCUAAGGAAUGGGAGCAGAAGACCGGCACAUAAACUGCUCAAGCCCUUGCAUCUGUCCCACUCUUAAUGUUUUCAAAUUGUGUAUAUAUUUAUUUAAAACUGUUCAUACACACAGAGGGUGCGCUAUGGAGGACACGAGCAUAGCAUUCACAUGGACUAAAACAAGCGGCUGGUUUUAGUUGUACUGUAAGCGCCACAACAUACAGACGUAGCAGCGUUUUUUUAAAUUCUUGUAUACUAUCGAGCAUGCUUAGUGUGCCUAGUUGUGCAACUCGUGUUGGCCGCUGUAAUUUCUUUUUAAGCAAACACCUUUUUUUUCUACUCAAAAUCCCAGGUAUUUAUUUGUAAAUGUUUAAAGGAAAUACUGGCUUCCCUUUGUUUAUUUAUGUUGAUAUAUUUAAAGUAUUUUUGUAGAAUCUCUGGCUCUUCACACAGUCCCCACUUCCUACGACAUUAUUGGUUGCCAUUCACAAAACAAAAAAAAAAAAAUGCAACACACACCACCUGAGGACCUGCGCAGCUACAGGUAAUUUAAAGAAGCAGAAUUAGUUGAACAGAUUAAUCAAACUUAAUCAAAACAUUUUAGUAGGAGCCGUAUGUGUACAGUGUGUAUAUGCAGAAAAUAUAAAUAUCCCCAACCGGUUUGAUGAUGCUAUGGCUGGAAAAUCCCUAUUUAUUAUGUUUGCUUCCUGCCUGCAUGUGCGCACAGCUUUCCGGGAUGAAAACAGAUACGGUAUUGUGUUGUGUUUUAUCAAUCAAUCAAACUCAAAACUGGUAAACAUACAGCUGUUAGCCUAAGCCACAAUCUGACUUCUGCUAUGGACUGAUGCUUGUUGUUUAGUCUUUUUGUAAUAGCUAACUAACUAACUAUUGAAAAAUGUAACUGAAUUGGGCUACAAACAUAAAUCGGUUAGGGUUAGGGUUAGGGGUUAGCCUAACCCUAAUGAGAUCAAUGCAGCCUCACAGUGUUGACUAACCCUAACCCUAACCCUAACCCUAGCCGUCCCCCUAAUCCUAACCCAUAAUUCGACAUAUUUAUUUGUAAAUGAUGAGACAAAUGCAUCUACUGUGGAUAAACAAAUACCUGGCUACUAAUUGGUUAGGACAUAAGUUGCCCUACAAGGAAAUUGCUGAACUUAACCAAGCAGCAACCUCUGAAGUGUUGCCUGAAGUCUCCCAGGUAGCUCUUUGUCCAUUUUUAUAUCAGCUGGGAAUAUGGAAAGCUGGGCAGUGGCAAGAUGGCAAAGCCCAGCACUGCUACGUUGAGCUUCAGAACCAUUCUUCUAUGGGUAAUGUCACUAAGAGUUCCCCCAUUUUUUAUAUUCAGUCACUGGACUAAACACACUGUUUCAGAAACUAAAAAUGAACCUAAAAAAUGUCCCUCGAGGACUUUCACAACUCAUCCAAGUUGAACUCGAGUCCACUUUGACUUGCUUUACCACAACCUGGAUGGUGGAGGACCUUCACAGAAGCUAUUGAUCAAUCAUUAUGAACCAGUAAAUGAAAUUCACCUUCUCCUCGGUAAAACCUCCAAUUACAGUUUUGGCUGCCAGUGUGCAGAGCCACUCCGUGCAGCUUCAACCACACGAUCUCAGAGUUAUCUCGCCAGCAAAGUAAUUGUGCUUCUUUAAAUAGUCUCCUCAGUGUAUUGAUGGAUGGCUGCAGCGGGACUCCGGCAGGGUGUGUGUUAGCGCUUGGGAGAGUCUGGCAGGUCAGGCACCAGGCGUGGCCACCCUUAGAUUUGGCGCUCGUCUUUGGAAAACUUCGGAAAACCUCAGCCGACGUGGCUGACGUUAGUCCCUCAUCCAAGAUCCUCAGUCCGGCUCCUCUAAUCACGCCACCGGUCUACUGUAGCCUAGCGUCUUUGCAUGUGUGUGUGUGUAUGUGUGUGUGCGUGUGUGUGUGUGUGUGUGUUUGCACUCAAACGUCUCCGAGGCACAUUCCCAACAAUACACUGACUGAAAUAGAGGCACUUACUGUAAAUUCAGAUUGCCAAAUCAAAGACUGUGACUCAGAUUUUCACACUGCUGCACACACACACACACCAAUAUCACAUUUUUAUGGUGCUUUUUUUAAAAAUAUAUAAUGGUUUUACGUUCCACUGCCUGAGCUUUGCUACCAUGCACACACUGCCUAAGUAUGGAAGGUGCUUCUAUUGGACGCGUUAACACCGUCUGGACAUCAGUGCUCCGUACGGAACAAGGCACACACUGCUCCACAUGUAAAUAUUUUCUGUCUCCUGUUCUGCAGCGUAGACAGAGCAUGUUAGCAGGAAGAUGGGACCACGUAGGGGAGUUUUAUCUUUAUUUAGUCAGAAUAGAGCGGGAUGUCUGAUGUCUGUCGGUAAAUGUGAACCUGCUGUACAUAGCUUGGUGUAGUGGGAAGAGAAGGGAGGGGGAGUACAGAUUCAUGCAUCAUCAGUGUUUGUUUUUGCACCUUAUACAUUUUUCUUUGGUUGUUUUUUUUACCUUGUCGUAUAUCUCUGACAGUCUCCACCUUGGAGACGGACAUGCUUGUACAUAAAGGAAUAAAGCUUCUGACAAACA